AUGAGCGAUGAGAGGAAGGGCGAGCCAAAUUGCGACACGCCGGGAUUGACUGCUCAGUAUGGGGAUAAUAAGAUGAAGAGGAUGACGAGGAUGAAGAAAACGAAGAAGAGGAAAUCCAAAGAGGCCGAGCAUGGCCUAUACGACAGUAGAAACGAGAAGGACGCAUGUGGAGUUGGAGUGGUGGCAGACAUCAAUGGAAAGAGCUCAAGGAGUGUUAUCCAAAAGGCAAUGCAAAUAUUAUUACGCCUGAGUCAUAGAGGAGGUGUUCAGUCUAAUAAUGGAGAUGGAGCGGGAAUCUUGGUGGGUAUACCACAUGAUUACUUUCAAAUGUUAAGUGACACAUGCCAGUUACCAUUUCUCUUGCCUGAAAAAGGAGACUACGCAGUUGCGCAAAUAUUCUUACCACAUAAUGAAGAGAGGAGGUUAUUUUUAUAUCAUGAAAUUGAGAAGGAAGUAUACAACAAUGGACUUGUAGUUCUGGGUUGGAGGUCGCCAAUCCCAGUUCGCAGUGACGUAAUUAGUGCAGCUGUGAAAAAGAGUGAACCAUUCAUAGCUCAAAUGUUUGUAUGUAAAAGAUCAGUGUUUAAAAAUUACGACGAUUUUAAUAUAUACCCAUUUUCAGAUAUAGAUUUCACAGAUGAUAGCCAAUUGAAUUUGAGCAGCCUGCCGGAUGACAUAGAACUGCUAGCUUUUUUUAUAAGAAAAAAGUUGGUUAGACAUAAUGACAUGUAUUUCUGUAGUUUCUCUUCCAGGACAAUUGUCUACAAGGGAUUGUUAACCCCUUCACAGAUAUACCUAUAUUUUGAAGAUUUACUAAGCGAGCAAUUUACAACGUACCUGGCAAUGGUUCAUGUACGAUUCUCAACUAAUACCUCACCGACAUGGUAUGCUGCACACCCAUUCAGAAGAAUAUGCCACAAUGGAGAAAUCAACACCAUUAGUGUGAACUCAAUAUUAUUUCAAGAGAGAAUGGAACAAUCCAAAGCUCCCAAUUCUUUUAAGUCAGUAUCGAUAAAAGAUUUAAGACCCAUAAAUGAAGAGAAUUAUAUUAUAUACGAUAAUGAUGAUGAAAUUAUUGAAAAGAAGGACACCUUUGAAGAUAUUAUGUUGACAAAAAAUCGACUAAAGAAAAAAUCCAGGAGGAGGUUACUCCUUCGAUUGAAGAGAGACUUCACGUACAACAGCCAAGCCAUCCAUUACAAAAUCAAAAGAGAGUAUAUGAAUUCCGACAUAAAUAGCAAUUCGGAAUUUUUAAGUAAUGUGAACGAAGGGUCUGGGAGUUCAUUCGAAGAUUCUGAGGAUCUCUCAGAUAAGGAUAAUAAUGCUACUCCUUCUAAACGGGUUAAGGAGAAGAAUGGCAUUUCGCACAUUUGUACUAAGAGUGAGAAAAACUUUGGCCACGCCGUGAAGACGCAGCUCAAACAUGGGGAGUCUCGAAAAACCAAAGGCGCUAUUAGCUACCCUUCCGACUCUUCCCUGUUUGAUAAUGCCAUCGAUUUUUUGACCAUGGCGGGAAGAGAAAUAGAGCAUGCAAUUAUGAUGCUGAUGCCAAGGGCAUAUCAAAAAGAUCCAAAUAUAACUCCACUGGAAAAGGCCUUUUACGAAUAUCACACAUGUAUGAUGGAGCCUUGGGAUGGACCUGCAUUAAUCAUCUUUACCGAUGGAAAUAAAGUAGGCGCUUCGUUGGAUCGAAAUGGAUUAAGACCCGCUAGGUAUAGCAUUACGAAUUAUGGGUUGUUCGUAUUGUCUAGCGAAACGGGGGUUGUAGAUUUGGCUUAUGACAAAAUUACCCAUAAGGGAUGCGUAUAUCCUGGGAAAGUAGUCCUAAUAGAUUUUAAGGAGAAAAAAUUUUUGAGGCAUGAAGAGGUCUUAAGCAAAUUUUUGAAAGAGAAGCCUUACAAAAAAUGGCUAGAUCAUUAUUCCAUCCACUUGGACAAUAUUAUCAAGCCGGCUUCUAACAUGGAGAACAUACGAAUGAAUGCUUAUAAAUAUGGGGCCAUACUGAAUAAGGAAUCUUCCUAUGGAAGUAAGGAUGCGGAAGAGGCUGACGACAUGGAUGAUGGAAACGAUGAAAUGUUAAUUAAAAAGUUAAAAGCCUUUGGUUAUACAUAUGACGCAUUCAAUAUGAUAAUUUCACCUAUGGUAAAGCAUGCUGCGGAUGGGCUCGGUGCAAUGGGAAAUGACACCGCCUUUCCCUUCUUAAGUUAUUUACGUAGAAACCUUCUGUAUUACUUCCAGCAAACGUUCGCACAAGUGACGAACCCAGCUAUCGAUCCGAUAAGGGAAGAGAAUAUCAUGUCUCUUAUGAGUACCUUGGGAAAGGAAGGCGAUAUCCUCCAUUCCAAUUACACCAACUGUCAGCGCAUAUUUAUUAAUGGUCCCAUUCUGAACGACGCACUUUACAACUUGCUACUCCAAUUGCCAGACUUCCCACAUGUAAUAAUCGAUAUGACAGUCGAUUUGAGUAAACUGGAAACGCUCAUGUCGGGUGAAUCGACAGACGAACUGAAAUUUGAUGUGGUCAAAAGUGUGUCUUCGCCAAAGAGGAGUUACCACGCGGAUGGCAAUAGCAGCUACACGUUUAAGCUGGACGAUUACAAAACCAAGCAUAGUAAAGAAGAUUUGAAUAAAAUGAAAAUAAAAAACAACAUCAUGUCUAAGUAUUUAAUUAAAUUUAUCGAUAGCGUAAAUACCAACGUUGAAAAUGCCGUCAGACGGGGGAGUCAGCUGAUUAUUCUCUCACACAGUAACAUAAACGAAAAGAGAGUGCCCAUAUUCUCCAUCCUAAUUGUUGGUGCUUUGCAUAAAUAUCUGUUAAGUAAGAAUCUAAGAACCAAGUGCUCUCUCAUAGUGAAGGCAGGAGAUUGCUUCGAAAUUCAUCACCUAGCAGUUCUCCUCUCAUUUGGCGCUGAUUGUAUAUACCCCUUUAUCUUAUACGAAAGUUUGCGCUUCAUAAAAUAUGGAGAUAAUGAGGCUAGACUUAGUAACCAACAAAUGAUAAGUAACUACAGGCACGCUGCAAAUUAUGGUAUACUAAAAAUUAUGUCGAAAAAUGGAAUUUCUACCUUGCCUAGUUAUAAAGGAUGUGGGUUGAUGCAACCUUUGGGAAUAUCCGACGAAAUUCUAAAAAAAUGUUUCAUCAAUGUGUGCGACUCCAUCAUCGGGGGAGUAACAUUUGAAUUUGUGGAAAAGGAAAUUUUGAAGAUGUUUUACAAUGCCUACCCGAAAAGGAUAAUCACCCUGAAUACUAAGGACGCUACGGAAGAGCUUGAUGAUUAUGGGGAGUAUCAUUUCAGGAGCAUAGGAAAUACGCAAAUACAUAUGAACCAUCCAGAAACAAUAAGUUUAUUACAAAAGGCAACUCGUACGGGGAAUACAGCUACGUAUAAGAAGUACUCAGAGCUACAGAACGAACUGAUAAACCACUGUGAAAUUAGGGGACAGCUAGAAAUAAAUUAUAAAAAAUGCCCCUCUUACAAUAAGAAGAAGAAAAAAAAUGAACCCAUAAAUAUUCAGCUAGUAGAACCCGUGAACAAAAUUUUACUCAGAUUUUGUACCGGCGCUAUGUCUUUUGGGUCUCUCUCGGAGGAAGCGCACACCACUGUUGCUACUGCUAUGAAUAACAUGGGCUUGAAGUCGAACACGGGGGAAGGUGGAGAGGCAGAAGAUCGCAUUAGGAAGGAUUCUACCGAAGUGAAAGGGCCUAGUGAACCAAACACCAACUCAGCGGUUAAACAAAUAGCGUCUGCUAGAUUCGGCGUCACAGCAUACAGUUUGGUAAACGCGCAAGAGUUGCAGAUAAAAGUAGCGCAGGGAUCCAAACCGGGAGAGGGGGGAGAAUUACCAGGGUACAAAGUGAGCGCGAAAAUUGCUUCCGUUCGUAGGAGCACCCCAGGUGUUGGUCUAAUUUCACCACCACCACACCAUGACAUGUACUCCAUUGAAGAUGUCGGUCAGCUAGUCUAUGAUUUAAAGAAUAUAAAUAAAGAAGCUAAAAUUUCUGUGAAAUUAGUAUCGAAGCUAGGAAUAGGUGUUAUCACCUCAGGUGUGGUCAAAGGAAAUUGCGAACAAAUUUUAAUUAGUGGAAUGUCUGGUGGCACGGGAGCAUCCAAGUGGACUUCAAUCAAACAUGCCGGUCUCCCAUGGGAAAUAGGACUAGCAGAGGCACACCAAACUUUGUGCAAAUCCAAGUUGAGAAAAAGAGUUAUUUUACAAAUUGAUGGACAACUGAAAACAGGUAGAGAUGUCAUUUUAGGUGCACUACUGGGUGCAGAAUCGUUCAGCUUCUCGACCCAACCGUUAAUUGCUUUAGGGUGCAUUAUGAUGAGGAAAUGUCAUCUGAAUAUCUGUCCCGUUGGUAUAUGUACACAGGACCCAGAGCUCAGGAAAAAAUUCGCAGGCAAACCAGAAUAUAUAAUAAACUUUUUUUUCAUGCUAGCAGAGGAGGUCAGGGAAUACCUGGCCAGUAUGGGUUUUAGAAAGUUCUCGCAAAUUAUCGGAAGGUCCGAUUUGCUUAAAAAGAAGGACCACUUAAAAUAUGACGAGAAGAGGAAGCUACUGGACUUCUCCAAGCUCCUGUUCCCUGGAUGGAAAUAUUAUGCAGAAGAAGAAAUGAAAGAUGUUGUGAAGAAAAGAUACAACAAAAAUGGAAAUGAGAAGAAGCGUCAAAUAGGUGGAAGUUCUCUCUACUCUGGAUCGACAUACAAAGCAGGAGGAUCACAUUCCCCCGGAAUGAAGAACGCGCUAGACAAGAUGAGAAGGAAGCAGGUACUCAUAAACGAAAAUUAUAACACGGUGCAAAAGUAUGAUGUGGUGAAGAGGGGAGACGAGGGAGGAGAACACACAGAUGGGAUGAACCACGCCGGAGAGACGUGCUCCUCUGUAGGAGAAUACGACGAAGAGGCGGUGGCGGAUGAUGCGGAAGAUGAGAAGGAAGACAGGGAGGAUGAUGAUGAGGACGAAAACAACUCGGAGGAUGAUGAGGAAGAUGAAGAUGAUGAAGAGGGAGAAGGUGAAAGCGAUGACCCAGAACAAAUGCCCGACGCAAAUGACAUGAACGACUCCAUUCACGCACGCAGCGUUCAGACCAGGCAGAACAAAAGAGAAAAGUCGAAGAGGAAACAAAAAGCGCUCUGCGAAGAGGAUGACAUGAACCAAGAAUAUUCCAAACGGGAAAGAAGUAAACAUAACCUAGCGAUAAACAGAAGGAAUGGAAAGAAGAAUGCCAUGGUAUGCACUACUAAGAUGAUGAGAAAAAAAAUGAACGAAAAAAAAAUGCAUUCGAAGAAGAAGGAACCGAAACCGAUGGCCAUAUUCUGUUGCGAAACACAGAACCAUAAGUUGUCCGAUAUCAUUGAUAGAGAACUUAUAAGAAGGUCGAAGAUAGCACUACUGAAUUGUACACCUGUGAAUAUAAAGAUGCCUAUAAAGAAUACGGACCGAGCAGUGGGAGCUAUGUUAAGUUAUCAUAUUAUUCAAAAAUAUGGAGAACCAGGAUUACCAAUGGAUACUAUAAAGGUCAAAUUUAGAGGAACAGGAGGAUUAUCCUUUGGAGUAUUCCUAACAAGCGGUGUGAAUUUUGAAUUAGAAGGAGAUGCAAACGAUUUUGUGGGGAAAGGGUUAUCCGGUGGAAUUAUAUCUGUGCAUUUUCCGAAAACGUCUUUAUUUAUAAAUGACUGUCAGAAAAACAUGAUAGCAGGGAAUUCAGUUCUCUAUGGUGCAACAAAAGGAAGAGCAUUUUUCGCGGGAAGAGCUGGUGAAAGAUUUGCAGUUCGUAAUUCUGGGGCUAUAGCAGUUGUGGAAGGAGUCGGAUGUCACGGUUGUGAAUACAUGACGAAAGGCAUAGUAGUUGUCCUGGGUGAAAUAGGUUGUAACUUCGCUGCAGGCAUGAGUGGAGGAAUUGCUUAUGUCCUGGACAUUAACAGAAAAAACGUAAAUCAUCAAAUGGUAGAUUUGAAGGUAUGUAAAACUAUGGAUGAAAAAAUGACGUUAGAAAAGUUGCUACAUGAACAUUACGAAAGGACCAAUUCGUAUACAGCCAAAAUUCUCCUACAAGAUUUUGAUGCAAAUUUGCAUAGGUUUACAAAAAUUAUUCCAAGGGAUAUAAAACGAGUGCUAACCGAAGCGUGUAUUGAAUUUGUAAAAACAGGGAAUGAAGAAGCUGCAGCCAUUUUAGACGACUGGGCUUCUCUACUCAAAAAUGUAGAACAGCCAGAAAACAUGUAUAAGAAAGCCAUGCAAUUUUUUACCACCAUAUCGGAUGAUAUAUCUGGACUGCCGAAAACACUAGCUUUGAGAAAUGUGGAUGGACUGAUCAUAUAUGAUAUUUUGCAAGACAAUGAUAGUAGGAAAUUAUUGACGGUAAAAAAUUACACAACCGAAUUGAAUUCCACACAAAGCAGUGAACAAUUGCAAGGGCAAGUGAAGAAGAAAAAAACAUUUGACUUUGAAGGAUUUAUUCAUAAUUUAGAAAUUUGUAGAAAAAAUAAUCGAAAGUGGAGGAGGUUUGCAGAAAUCCCAUUUAAGUGUAACGCCUUUGCUGAAUUUAAAAAUAUUUUCCCAAAGAGAUUAGAUGAAAAAUCAAAGGAAAUGAUCAAAAAAUAUAUUCUGAAUGAAAAAUAUCUGCUCGAUCUUCACCUCAAGUCCUUAAAUUCGAACUCCUUCAUUGACAGCCUCAUUGAUAAGGACGAGGGAGAUGACUACAUGAACAUGACUCAGAAACAAAUGAGCCCCAAUGUGUACUCUUUGAAAAGUUUAUUCUACGCCAGUGAGAAAAGUGAUGGAGGAAAUGUCAAGGAUAAUCAACAUGUCGUAAGACCAUCUGAGGGUGGAGGAUUUAGAGGCACUUCUACCGCUUCGGCGCUCAGCAUCACCGGAGCGUCUGUAUCAUCCGUCGACCCAUCAGAGGAAAAAUCAGGCUCCAUCACCACGCCCAUGAUAGGUUCCGUAACGCCCACGAUAACGGUCCCACUGAAAGGUUCUAUCCCCAGCGUUCCUUCUGGAUCAAUCACUGACCCAAUCACCACCGCCCCGUCGAAGGAUGCACGCACGCUGGUGAACAAAGCGAGCAUUACGAACACGCAGGGAAAUUACGAGGCGGAAACGACGGAGUCGGUUAUCCCGAAUAUGAGCCAAGCCAAGCCCUUUCUCGCGGUAAACCCGAAUAAAGUUACCGGCUUUAAGGAGUACGAACGGUUAUCCCAUCCGUUGAAAGAUAUUAGCAGUAGGGUGUUAGACUACUCAGAGAUCAUCGUGCCCAUCAAUGCAAAAAGUAAACUCCAUAACCAGUUGUUAAAGACACAGGCGUCUAGAUGUGUAGACUGUGGAACCCCAACCUGUCAUUAUCCAAAUUCCAGCGGAGGAGGAUGCCCUUUAGGCAACAGAAUAUUUGAUUGGAAUAAUUUAAUAUACGAGAAUGAGUGGAAGAAAGCGCUAGAGAGAUUGUUAGAUACAAAUAACUUCCCGGAAAUUACUGGACGAGUUUGUCCGGCCCCUUGUGAAGAUGCUUGCGUAUUAAGCAUUAAUGAGAAACCUGUGUCGAUAAAAUUUAUCGAGUUAUCCAUCAUCGAAUGUGGAUUUUUAAAAAAAUGGAUUCACCCAAUCAUUCCGCAUACCAGGACGGGGAAAAAAGUCGCCAUCGUAGGUUCAGGUCCCGCAGGAUUAACUGCAGCUCAGCAGUUGAAUAAGGCAGGACACGAAGUAACCAUCUUUGAGAAGGACGAAUAUUUGGGGGGGUUACUAAUGAACGGAAUACCAAAUGUACGACUGGAUAAGAAAAUAGUAGAGAGAAGGUUAAAUAUAAUGAGGAAGGAAGGAAUCAUUAUGAGAAACAACACCAACAUAGGGAAAGACAUAACCUUAUCUGAGCUAGCCAAAAAUUUCGAUGCUAUUUUAUUAUCUACUGGUUAUAAAGUUCCAAGAAAGCUGGACAUUCCAGGAUCUAAUUUAAAGAAUAUAUAUUUCGCUAUGGAUUUUCUUACUACAUGUCAGAAGUCGCUCAUGAAGUCUGACCUGACAGAUGAGAACUACAUAGACGUAUCAGAAAGGCACGUAAUUAUUUUAGGCGGAGGGAAGACUGCUGUGGAUUGUAUAAGCUUGGCAAUACGAAUGGGUGCAGCUAGCGUUUUACAAUUCACCAGACAAGACAUUCCACCCAUGACAAGCACAGAAUAUUCAUGGCCAGGAGUGAAAAAUGUAUUCAAGGUUGACUAUUCACAUGAUGAAGCGAUAAUUAUCCAAGGGAGGGACCCACGAGAAUUCUGUGUUAGGAGUUUAGAAUUUAUUCCUUCUAGUAAGGAUCCUAAGAGAGUGUCUGGUAUUAGGGCGAUUAAAGUCAAAUUAAAGAAAGUUGCCAAGGGAGAGGUGGAUAAAGAUGCUCUACUGAAGACGCCCUCCAAAAAAUCCAAAGAUGUUACCCUUGGCACAUCGAACACCAGUGCGAAUAUUGCCAGAAGUAACGGGGUAUUAUCCAAUAUGGAGUCCAGAAAAAAUCAGGCCAAGCUUUCCAAAAUGAAGGAGCAGAAGAAUGCGUCCAAGUAUGUAACGGCAAAAACAUCGGGGACAGCCACUGCUAGUGCAUCUGCCACUGCCACAUCCAGUCGAACCUCCAGCGCCAGGACGAGUUCCCAUUCGUCCUCACCUGGAACCACGAAGGAUAUCAUUCAAAAUUACCAAUCGACAAAGGAGCAUAAGGAGUAUGUCGACAUCCCUUUCACCGAAAGGAUUUACAAAGCAGACGUAGUUAUCUUAGCCUUGGGAUUUUCCAAAACGGAUGACUCUCUAUGGGAGAAUGACUCUAUUAAAAUUGAGCUUGACAAUUAUAACUGUAUUAAGACCAAAAUUAGAACUUACCAGACCAACUACAAGAAGAUAUUUGCCUGUGGAGACUGUAGAGUCGGGCCCAGUACCGUUGUGCAGGCCAUAGCCGACGGAAGAGAUGUUGCUUCCAAGAUCGAUGAGUUUCUGAUGAAUGCAGAAUCGGCUCUGCCCUCCUGCAACACGUACUAUUACUACCCCCCCAACUAUAAGAGCGUACCCUUUGGGUCUGCCCACUGGGGCUAA